CCUUCUGCACUGAAUCUCCGUCGCUGCUGCCCUGUGAGGGCGAGAAGAACAAAAAACAAACACAAAAACACUGAAAGCCACGGCUAUGUCUGCCAGCUCCGCUUUCAACGAUGAGAAGGGCGGCUCGUCCAGUGUUGGGGAGCCUGAGUAUGGUCACGAUCCGGCGAGCGGAGGGAUUUUCUCCUCCGACUACAAAAGACAUGACGACUUGAAAGAGAUGCUGGACAGCAACAAAGACUCCCUCAAGCUGGAGGCAAUGAAGCGGAUUGUAGCUAUGAUCGCCCGAGGUAAAAAUGCAUCAGAUCUCUUCCCUGCUGUGGUGAAAAACGUGGCCUGUAAAAACAUAGAGGUGAAGAAGCUGGUCUAUGUUUACCUGGUGCGUUACGCCGAGGAGCAGCAGGAUCUCGCUCUGCUUUCAAUUUCCACCUUUCAGCGAGGCUUGAAGGAUCCAAACCAGCUGAUCAGAGCCAGCGCCCUGCGAGUCCUGUCCAGCAUAAGAGUAACAAUCAUCGUUCCCAUAAUGAUGUUGGCCAUCAAAGAAGCUGCUUCGGAUAUGUCUCCAUAUGUCAGGAAGACAGCGGCACAUGCAAUCCCUAAACUAUACAGUUUGGAUCCUGAACAAAAAGACCAGCUGAUUGAAGUCAUAGAGAAACUCCUCGCUGACAAAACCACGUUGGUGGCAGGAAGCGUUGUUAUGGCUUUUGAGGAGGUGUGUCCGGAGCGUAUCGAUCUGAUCCACAAGAACUACAGGAAGCUUUGUAAUCUCCUGAUCGAUGUGGAGGAGUGGGGGCAGGUUGUCAUCAUCAACAUGUUAACCCGCUAUGCCAGAACCCAGUUUCUCAACCCAAACAUCAAUGAGUCCCUACUGGAGGAGGGAGGCAGCGGCGAGAAGACCUUCUACGGUUCUGAUGAAGAUGAGGAUGAGGAUGAAGAUGAUGAGGAGAAGGAGAAGAAGGCUGAGGCUGUUGCCAUGGCUAAGAGGAAGCCGUAUGUAAUGGAUCCAGACCACCGGCUGCUACUGAGGAACACCAAACCGCUCCUGCAGAGCCGCAACGCUGCUGUGGUGAUGGCUGUGGCUCAGUUGUAUUUCCAUCUUGCCCCUAAAGCAGAGGUUGGUGUGAUUGCCAAGGCCCUGGUUCGUCUCCUGAGGAGCCACAGUGAAGUCCAGUAUGUUGUUCUUCAGAAUGUAGCAACCAUGACCAUUAAGAGACGGGGGAUGUUUGAACCAUAUCUGAAGAGUUUCUACAUCCGCUCCACAGACCCAACUCAGAUCAAAGUCCUAAAGCUGGAGGUUCUCACCAAUCUGGCCAACGAGACAAACAUUUCCACCAUCCUCCGAGAAUUUCAGACAUACAUUAAAAGCAUGGAUAAAGAUUUUGUGGCUGCAACAAUCCAAGCCAUCGGCCGCUGUGCUACCAACAUCAGCGAGGUCAGGGACACGUGUCUGAACGGUUUGGUGCAGUUGCUAUCCAACCGAGAUGAGUUGGUGGUUGCCGAGUCGGUGGUUGUUAUCAAGAAGCUGCUGCAGAUGCAGCCAGAGAAACACAGUGACAUCAUAAAGCACAUGGCGAAACUGACAGACAACAUCCAGGUGCCGAUGGCGCGGGCCAGUAUCCUGUGGCUGAUUGGAGAAUACUGUGAGCAUGUACCUAAGAUCGCCCCAGAUGUUCUGAGGAAGAUGGCCAAGUCGUUCACUAACGAAGAGGACAUCGUGAAGCUUCAAAUCAUCAAUCUGGCAGCCAAGCUAUAUCUGACCAACUCCAAGCAGACUAAACUGCUGACACAGUAUGUUCUCAACUUGGCGAAAUACGACCAGAACUACGACAUCCGUGAUAGGGCGCGCUUCAUUCGCCAGCUCAUCGUGCCCACCGAGAAGAGUGGAGCCCUCAGCAAGUAUGCUAAAAAACUGUUCCUCGCCCUCAAACCUGCACCCGUCCUUGAGUCUCCUUUUAAAGAUCGAGACCACUUCCAGUUGGGUUCAUUGUCCCACCUGCUGAAUGCCAAGGCUGGGGGCUACCAGGAGUUGCCCGAUUGGCCUGAAGCUGCCCCUGAUCCCUCCGUGCGCAACGUGGAGGUUUUUACGCUGCUUGAAAGAGUCACAACAUUAACAAGUGUGCCUGAAUGGACCAAGUGUAGUAGCCGCGAGAAGAGGAAGGAGAAGAAAGUGGAAAAACCGUUCUACUCCGACUCAGAGGGAGAGUCUGGUCCCACAGAGUCUGCUGACAGUGAGUCAGACUCUGCCAGUGCCUCAGAAAGCAGCAGUGGCAGCGAGGAGAGUGGGUCGGGAUCAGAGAGCGAAGAGAGUAAGGAAGGCUCAGAGUCAGAGGAAGAAGAGGAGGAAGAAGAGGAGAAGGAGAAGAAGAAGAAAAAGAAAGAACUAAAGAAGCCAGUGCAAGAAAGUGAAAGUGAGCAGAGCAGCGAAGAGGAAGAUAGGAAGCAUCAGAGGAAGAGUAAACAGCGCAAGAGCGAGUCAGAGUCUGAAUCUGACGAAGAUGAGGAGAGCGAGUCGGAGAGCAGCCAGUCAGAGUCUGAAGACUCUGAGUCAGAGGCAGAAGUCAAGAAGAAAAAAAAGGCAGCCGAAUCUAAAUCUCCUCCCAAACCUGUCAAGAAAGAGAGUAAGAAAGAAAAGAAAGAAAUGUCUCUGCUCGACCUUGAUGACUUUGAACCUGCUCCCUCACCGCAAGUCACACCUGUCAACACCUUCCUGUCCAACAGCCUUGUGACCGACCUGGAGGGGCUGUCUUUGUCUGACUCUGUUCUCUCCCCAGCAACCAUUGCUCCCUCCAGUGCGCUGAAGAGCUACGAGCUGCUGCACCGGAUCACGGGUGAGGGUCUGUCGGUGGAGUACUGCUUCAGCCGGCAGCCUUUCAGUCCCGACGCGAACAUGGUGGCGGUGCAGAUGCAGUUCACCAACAGCGCCACUUCUGAUACUAAGAACCUGCACAUAGAGGACGUGAGGCUCCAGUCUGGGAUGAGGGUCAAGGAGUUCCCAGAGAUUGAGCUACUUCCUGCAGGUGAGACGGCCACAGCUGUGAUGGGCAUCGAUUUCUGUGACUCAACACAAGCGGCAAACUUCCAGCUGUGCACUCACACCAGGAAAUUCUUUGUGUCGAUCCAGCCGCCGGUUGGGGAGCUGAUGAGGCCCAUCUUCCUGACAGAGAACGAGUUUAAAAAGGAGCAAGAGAAGCUAUUACAGAAUCUAGGUCAGCUGAUGGGCAUGAAUGAGAUCACAGAGAAGCUAACGUUGGACGUCAAGUGCCGAAACGAACAUGCCAUCGUCCAGAGAGUGACCACCGCUGCCAACCUCAGCAGAGUGCCGUGUGGCUCAGAUAAAGAGUGCAGUCCUCCUGUUCCUCCUCCUGAUCGUCCUGUCCACAGGUUUGCCGGCAGGACGGUGACCAGCGGCAGCUUGGUGCUGGUCACUGUGGCGACCAAAGACGAAGGAGCCGCCCAGCUGACGGUCAACUGUGAGAAAAUGGUGAUCGGCACGAUGCUGGUGAAAGACAUCCUCCAGGCUCUGACGCAGUGACGCGAACCGGCUGUCCGGCUUUGAACUCUGCCCCCUCAACUUCAGCCAUCUCUCACAUACCAUCUUGUCAGUGUAGCAUCUCCCACAAGCUGUGUCGGUGAAGAAGCUUCCAAAAAGUUUUUCUUAAAGAGCCCCAAACUCUGAGAAAUUACUCCCAGAAACGGUGAAUGCCACACCUGGACCUGACUAUUAAAAUCGCUGGUGUUGGAUCUAUUAAUGUUUUUACGUGACUAUCCAAAAAUACUAAUUUCUUAACUUUUUUUUCCCUUCCCUUGAGGAGCUAAUUGGAUUUAUUGAACUCAAAUUUAAGUCACCUGCAGCCUUUUUUUUCCUUAAUAUAAAAUACAUUUUGCGUCAUGGCUUUGGAAAGGAGUUUGCUCUGAAACGUUCAGCUGCAGUGGUCUUCAUCAGUGGUCUUCCUCAGUGGAGGCAGUUGCUCAUUUGUCACAGACAAAGACUGAAUUAAUACCGUCUGUCACCGUUUGUCAAAAUCAGCCACAGCAUCAAUUAGGGGGAGAAAAAAGUCAUCUGUGACAUUCAAAUACAGUAUGUGGCUCCAGAUUUUUCUCAGCUCUAAUAAAAGCUGGAGUAGGGAACAUUUUUUUUAAAAAGAAAUCCAUAAUAACCUUCACGUAGUGUGAGAGCAACUCCUCUGCCUCCUCUUAGCUCUGUAUUCAGACCUUACAAAGAUUAUGUGAGCAAAGCACCACAGAAAAGUGAGCAUAUGAAAGAAGUUCAGUAAUGAGAGAUCAUCAGGAGAAAUUGAACAUGAUUUCAUUUAUUAGCUAUUUGGCGAUUAGGCACUGAGGUCCCAUCGAAGCAGAAGGGAAUCCCAGCAGAGAGAGCAAUUAGGGCAGGACCCCCUGGAGACACUGGUGGUGGUGGAGACUAAGAUAUGGAGGCUUGAAGGGAACUCUUGGGUGGUGAAAGGGAGGUGAUGGGUUGCAUGAAUGAGUGUGAAAGGGAGAAUGAAAGAUGAUCAGUGAUAUUUAAAGUACAGUGAGCAGAGGCUGAUUGGGUCAUGGAAGGCGGGCAGAAAGAUGAUUAGACUAGAAUUGAUGAAGUCAUUGUGGGAAGGUGGGAGUGAUGUAAAUCUGACCACCAGAGACUUUAAUUUCAUUCUUACGUACAUCAGGUAACUCCUAAACCAUCUGCAUGACAAGUGAGCAACGUAAUCUGCUGAGGAAACAGCAGAGCUUCAGAGCUUUUUCUCAGAAUUGAAGGAGGUCUUUCUGUGGUGUUAACAUGAGGCUGUAAAGGCUAUCAAACAAUAAUAAGAUGUAGAAAUUCUAGUUACAUGAAAUAGGUAAGAGAUUUAUUAUUAUUAUCCCCUCAAAACAGGUGACACGGUCAUGCAGUUAAGUCGUUACUUAAAGCCUGUGGCUAGCUGUCAAAGUGCACAUGUUCAUCAGAGUAAGCGGGGCAUUGACAAAAGCUGAAAAUGUAUACAUGCUGUUUUAUUGCAACAUGUAACAGAGUACUACUGUAAGGUGUGGUGUGUGUGUGUGUGUGUGUGUGUGUGUGUAGAGGUGAUGACACUGAAUAAUCAGCCUAACAAUAUGAAGUAGCUCUGUUCAUAAUAAAGUUUAACACUUGACUUGAAAUCAUCGGCACAAUAAAUCAUCAAUGCUUAAUGAAAGGUUUAAUGAAAAAUUGAAACAAAUCUACUGAAAAAUCACCAAAUUCUUCACCUAAUGAUAUUUUGAUUAAUGAUUUAUCUGCCAGUUAUAUUCUUAACUUUAGUCUGUUAAAACUAAAGCUUUAGUUAAGAUUUAGUCUGUAGAAAACUAAGAGAACCUGGCAAUAGUCACGUCUGAUAAGCCAGUAUUUUUGCCCAGUAAAUGCAUGCUAAAGCUUUUCUAUGUAGGUUUGAUAAGGUGGUUAGCUUAGGAGACUACAGUUUGUUUUUGUGCAUAAAGGAAGUCGUAUAUUGAUUAGAGAGCUUUAGAACCUUUUUCUAAUUUUGUUAACUUGUGAGAGAGCAAAACCACCAGUUUCCCUUUCUUUGUGUUAAGCUAAUGUGCUGCUAGCUGUAGCUGCAGAGCUAGCUUGCAUAAAUGAGACUUAACUGACUUUUGGCAAAACAGCAAAGACAAAUAUUCAUUCAGAAUCAUAUUUUCAGAAAACAUACUCAGCUUAUAUUUACUAGUCCAGUAAAUAACACAAUGAAGCCAAAACAUGACCCGUUUAGCUUUCCAUAAAGUUGAUUCAAUAUAGAAACAUUUCUGUUUAAGUAUGUGUUGAAGAUGAUGUGUAUGAUUUUCAAGUUAAGUGUUGCUUUCAUCUCAGUGGUCAGGCUGGUUUCAUGACUCUUAAUUCAGUUUUAUGUCCAAGGUCAUAUGACCUCUUUUUUUGUUUGUUUGUUAUAAUACCUCCAUGUGUCCUGCAGCUGCAUGUUUCUUAAAUCUAAGAGUAUGUGUGUAUUUAUUUUUACUGUUGGAAAAUGUGACAGUAAACUCCCAAAGCUACAGCAGUAGUGAGCAGACUUUAUUUUGGCCUUUAUGUACCUGUUUCAUUGUCUGUUGCUUCACCUUUCGCUCCAGCAGCCAUGAUGACAAAAGGAAAGAACAAUAAAAUUCUGCUUUUAAAUGUAAACGUACGCCAGAAUAGAGUCGGCUUCGUGGGAAAUCUAUUCUCCAAAUCAUACACAGAGCCAUCUGGUUCGUGUGCUUUCAGCAUAUCCAAAGUACAGCUCGUCAUACCCGUGUGUGGUUGUGAAAUGUGGUCCUGAGCUAUUACAAAUUUAUUUAUUAUACAAAUAAAA